AUGGCUUCUUCAUCUUCCUCAGCAGAACGCCUCAAGGGUGUUCUCUCAGUAACUGUACUUCAGGCAAAGAAUUUAGUCAAAAGUGAAUGGUUUGGUGAGAACGAUUGUUAUGCAGUUAUUUCAAUUGAACCUAUUCCGAUGAAAAAUACGAACCAUGGAAAUGAAAAAAAACAAACAGACACAUAUCAGAGGACACAGAUUCACUAUGGUUGCAAUCCAAUUUUCAAUGAGAGAUUUCUAUUUCCUGUGCCACAGAAAUUAGAUGCAUUAUAUGUUCAGAUAUGGGAUGCGGAUUAUGAUAAAGACGAUCUUUUGGCUCAUGGAACUUUGAGUUUACUGGACGAUGAACAGGGCGGCCGAUAUGAUACAAACUUGGACAAAGCAUGGCUUCAUACCGUAAGCUUUCCAAUGCUCAAUGAAAAAGGUGGAGAUGGUGGUACAUUAGAACUCGUACUUCAUUUCAUUCCUGAAACAACAGCUGCAUAUAUGGGCAAAAAAUUCGAUGUUGCUCAAGCAGAAGUCAAGAAAAAAAUAACGCAGCAUGUAGUUGCAAAAGUGACCGACGUUGCUUCAGAAAAAAUUCGAGCAUUUGUCGGAAUUGGUGUUUAA